CCGCCCAGCGACCCGACCAGCAGGUAUCCAUCCUCGUCUUGCUUGCACCCUGGGCUGCCCAUGCUACCCCGGCUGCCGAUGGCCUCCACGGCCGGCCCUGCUCCUCGCCGCGCUGCUUCGGCACCGAGUGCAUCCGCAGCGUCGUCUGGGCCGUGCUGCCCCUCGCCCCUCGCCAACGCUGCUGCCGCCGCCGCCGCUCUACUGCUUUGCGAGACUGCGUCAUGGAUUUAACUAAACUGCUUCCGACCGUGGCACCCAUGUCUUUUCCGUGCCCAUCCAUUCCCGACACUCCCUGCUCAUGUCGCUUUGUGGACUUGCCGCCUCCUCGGGUCUGCGUGCCGUGUCGAUCCUUCGCUGGCGAAAUAUAGAGCCCGAAUUUCCUGCGAACCCUUAUAUCGCCGCUCGCAUCCCCCGACUGCUUCCCACGUCUGUUUUCUGCAACAAUGUCCAUGGUCGCCAUGACAUCGGGCGAAUCUGUUGAGGAGCCCAGAGAAUCGUCCGGAAUUGUGCCAACGCUCCAAAACAUCGUCGCCACUGUAAACCUGGAAUGCAAGCUGGAUCUGAAAACCAUCGCCCUACAUGCUCGAAACGCCGAGUAUAAUCCAAAGCGCUUUGCCGCCGUCAUCAUGAGAAUCCGUGAGCCAAAAACCACGGCCUUGAUCUUUGCCUCGGGCAAAAUGGUCGUCACCGGUGCCAAGAGCGAGGAGUCGUCCAAGCUGGCUGCUCGCAAGUAUGCCCGCAUUAUCCAGAAGCUGGGCUUUGCGGCCAAGUUUGCCGAGUUCAAGAUCCAAAACAUCGUGGGCUCCUGCGACGUCAAGUUCCCCAUCCGCUUGGAGGGCCUGGCAUAUGCACAUACAUCGUUCUCCAGCUACGAACCGGAACUCUUCCCCGGUCUUAUUUACAGAAUGGUCAAGCCCAAGAUUGUCUUGCUGAUCUUUGUCUCUGGAAAGAUUGUCUUGACGGGCGCCAAGGUCCGCGAGGAAAUCUACCAAGCCUUUGAAAACAUUUACCCUGUAUUAGCCCAAUACCGGAAGCCUUGAUCACUCCAUCGAUGUUCCCCUGCUCGGUUUCUCCCAUUCCCCGCCCCUUCCGCUCCUCACCUCACCUCACCCCCCCCCCGCCAACCUGCACUCAAUAGACCCGAUGUCAGCACUCUUCUUGGUUGAUGAAGCGGUCCAAGAUUUUUGACGUAAUCACAAUGUAAUACAGCCGCACCUUCUCACACA